CUUUCCCCUUAAUGUUACAAAAUCCGCACCUGUCUAACCCAGUUGUGAAAGCUGAUACGUUUGAAUUUGCAUGUGAUAUCAAUUUUGAUCCGUCAAGAACUGACGUAGGAUUUGAUGUAAAAUGGUUAUUUGACGGUAAAGAGUUUACAAAAAUUCCAAUGACACACUUGAGUGGUUCUCAACGACAUGCGUUACUUGAUCAAAAGUAUUUGGCUGGACACCUCGGAACGAUGUUGACCUGCCGCGUGCAAUCUUACUUCAAGGCUACACCCUCUAUUAAAGGACCACAUUAUGAGAGUAAUGGGUACUGGUGCGGAAUAAAGUUUGACCCACAAACUCUGGUUGUUGACUCAAAGAGUGUACCACAGGAAGUGCAAAUGAUAUUAACUAUACCGAUUGUAUGCAGUCAGCCAAAUCAGUCUUUCUGCAAGCUAGAGCUGUAUCAAGAUAACAACAACCAUAAUACACUUACAACGACAGCUUGUACACAAGUUUUAAGUCCUUCAGACUGGAAUCCACGAACAAACGAAGCAAUAACAAAAUUCAGAGUUAAUGCGACAAGGGAUUUCAGAAGGAGGCGUUCUACAAUAGUCAUCAAUUUCAAAACGAUCUUCACUUUCGACGCUCCUCCUAUAUUUAAUGGUUACCACAUUCCCUUCCUUGCGAUACAUGCAAAACAAGACAAAGCAAUGUGUUCAUGUUCCAGCAAUAUGCACUGCACCACUUUCGACACAAAUGUUACUCAGCGAGGAACGAGUUACGUCUACCAGAAAGCCGGUGAUUUCGUUAUGUACCAAACUGUAAAUCGACCUUUAGAGGUUCUAAUUAGGGUAGGAGUAUGCCAAAACAGCGUUUGUAUUUGUGGCGUGGCUGCAAGAGAAGGGAACGAUCAUUUUUCACUUACUACGUGCGGCGGAUAUAGUAAUCAAAGUAUCUACAGUAGUGAACCUAGACUCAUUAUUCCACACAAAGCGAUAUCACAGGGAACUGUUAUAAGCCAAGAUCAGACUGGAACAAAGUAUUUAAUUGAUUUUCCGUCUGGUGCGCAAGUAAAAGUUACGAGAGUUGGGGAAUCGCUAGAUGUUACUGUCGCUGCUCCGAAGGAUGAUUUUGGUGCAACUAGAGGUCUAUGUGGGAUAUAUGACGGUAACAGAGAUAAUGACUUAACACACCCUGACGGUCGAGUUGAUGUUUUCCCAUUGAAUGGUGCACAUCCAAAAACCUUUGCCGAGUCUUGGAGGAUUCCCACCGAAGAUGACAUCGUUCCGCCUCAAGAUCCCAGAUACAACAAUGACAUCUAUUUUUGUAACUGCGACCAACGUCACGGUAUGGUAGAAUGUACAGACACAACAAGUUCGCCGGCGAUCACUGCUAGAUGUCCAAGUUGUUCAGUUACAGUAAAUGCUGUUGGUCGCAAGAAGAAAGCUGCAGACACUUUAGACUUUUGACAGGAUUUAAAUCAUUUCAACAAAAUGGCUGGACAAUUCUGUAAAUAUGCGUAUUACAAUAUUGUCUACUUAGCUGCUAAUAAAUAUCAUAGGAACCUAGCUUUUAA